AUGGCUGUCGGGUAUGUGGAGGGCUGCGCUCCUACCGCCGCCGGGUCUUCCUUCAGCGUCCUUUGACACCGUGUGCGGCGCAGCGGCCCGCUACCCGCGAGUUGAGGACGCUGUUCUCGGGCCAGGUGGUGAGACGGUAUUGACAUAAAGAUAACUACAGCUUCCUGUGAAAAUGUCAGUUCUGAUAUCACAGAGUGUAAUAAAUUACGUAGAAGAAGAAAAUAUUCCUGCUUUGAAAGCUCUUCUUGAAAAGUGCAAAGAUGUAGAUGAGAGAAAUGAGUGUGGCCAGACUCCUUUGAUGAUAGCUGCUGAGCAAGGCAAUCUGGAAAUAGUGAAAGAAUUAAUUAAGAAUGGAGCUAACUGCAAUCUGGAAGAUUUGGAUAAUUGGACAGCGCUUAUAUCUGCAUCAAAAGAAGGGCAUGUCCACAUUGUGGAAGAACUACUCAAAUGUGGGGUUAACUUGGAGCACCGGGAUAUGGGCGGGUGGACGGCUCUCAUGUGGGCCUGUUACAAAGGCCGCACCGACGUAGCAGAGCUGCUGCUUUCUCAUGGUGCCAAUCCAAAUGUGACUGGUUUGCAGUACAGCGUGUACCCCAUCAUCUGGGCAGCAGGGAGAGGCCAUGCAGACAUAGUGCAGCUUUUACUGCAAAAUGGAGCUAAAGUCAACUGCUCUGAUAAGUAUGGAACCACCCCUUUAGUUUGGGCAGCAAGAAAGGGUCAUUUGGAAUGUGUGAAACAUUUAUUGGCCAUGGGAGCUGAUGUUGACCAAGAAGGAGCUAAUUCAAUGACUGCACUUAUUGUGGCAGUAAAAGGAGGCUACACCCAGUCAGUAAAAGAAAUUUUAAAGAGGAAUCCAAAUGUAAAUCUAACAGAUAAGGAUGGAAACACAGCUUUGAUGAUUGCAUCAAAGGAGGGACAUACAGAGAUCGUACAGGAUCUGCUGGAUGCUGGAACCUACGUGAACAUCCCGGACAGGAGUGGGGACACUGUGUUGAUUGGAGCUGUCAGAGGUGGUCAUGUUGAAAUUGUUCGAGCCCUUCUCCAAAAGUAUGCUGAUAUAGACAUCAGAGGACAGGACAGUAAAACUGCUUUGUAUUGGGCUGUUGAGAAAGGAAAUGCAACAAUGGUGAGAGAUAUCUUACAGUGCAAUCCUGACACUGAAAUAUGCACAAAGGAUGGUGAAACGCCACUUAUAAAGGCUACCAAGAUGAGGAACAUUGAAGUGGUGGAGCUGCUGCUGGAUAAAGGAGCUAAAGUGUCUGCUGUAGAUAAGAAAGGAGACACCCCUUUGCACAUUGCCAUCCGUGGAAGGAGCCGGAAACUGGCAGAACUCCUUUUAAGAAACCCCAAAGAUGGGCGGCUGCUUUACAGACCCAACAGAGCAGGCGAGACCCCUUACAAUGUCGACUGUGGCCAUCAGAAAAGCAUUUUAACUCAAAUAUUUGGAGCCAGGCACUUGUCUCCUACUGAAACAGAUGGUGACAUGCUUGGUUAUGAUUUAUACAGCAGUGCCCUGGCGGACAUUCUCAGCGAGCCCACCAUGCAGCCGCCCAUCUGUGUGGGGUUGUAUGCACAGUGGGGAAGUGGGAAAUCUUUCUUACUCAAGAAACUAGAAGAUGAAAUGAAGACUUUUGCAGGGCAGCAGAUUGAACCUCUUUUCCAAUUUUCAUGGCUCAUCGUAUUUCUCACCCUGCUGCUUUGUGGAGGGUUUGGUUUACUGUUUGCUUUCACGGUUGACCCAAAUCUUGGCAUAGCAGUGUCAUUGAGCUUCUUGGCUCUCUUAUAUAUAUUCUUUAUUGUCAUUUACUUUGGUGGACGAAGGGAAGGAGAGAGUUGGAAUUGGGCCUGGGUCCUCAGCACUAGAUUGGCAAGACAUAUUGGAUAUUUGGAGCUCCUCCUCAAACUGAUGUUCGUGAACCCGCCUGAACUGCCAGAGCAAACAACUAAAGCCUUACCCGUGAGGUUUCUGUUCACAGAUUACAACAGGCUGUCCAGCGUUGGUGGAGAGACUUCAUUGGCUGAAAUGAUCGCAACGCUCUCGGAUGCUUGUGAACGAGAGUUUGGCUUCUUGGCAACCAGGCUUUUUCGAGUGUUCAAGACUGAAGAUACUCAGGGUAAAAAGAAAUGGAAAAAAACAUGUUGCCUCCCAUCUUUCGUCAUCUUUCUUUUUGUCAUUGGCUGCAUUAUUGCUGGAAUUACUCUUCUGACCAUAUUCAGAGUUGACCCCAAACAUCUGACAGUGAAUGCUGUCCUCAUAUCCAUCGCAUCUGUAGUGGGGUUGGCGUUUCUGCUGAACUGUCGCACGUGGUGGCAAGUGCUGGACUCUCUUCUGAAUUCUCAGAGAAAACGCCUCCACAAUGCUGCCUCCAGACUACACAAACUGAAAAGUGAAGGGUUCAUGAAAGUUCUUAAGUGUGAGGUGGAAUUGAUGGCCAGGAUGGCAAAAACCAUUGACAGCUUCACUCAGAAUCAGACAAGGCUGGUGGUCAUCAUUGACGGGUUAGAUGCCUGUGAGCAGGACAAAGUCCUUCAGAUGCUGGACACUGUCCGAGUUCUAUUUUCGAAAGGCCCAUUCAUUGCCAUUUUUGCAAGUGACCCACAUAUUAUCAUCAAGGCGAUUAACCAGAACCUCAGUAGUGUGCUUCGUGAUUCAAACAUAAACGGACAUGACUACAUGCGCAACAUCGUUCACUUGCCCGUCUUCCUGAACAGUCGCGGGCUGAGCAAUGCAAGGAAGUUUCUUGUGACUUCAACAACAAAUGGGGACAUUCCAUGCUCAGAUACCACAGGGAUACAGGAAGAUGCUGACAGAAGAGUUUCACAAAAUAGCCUUGGGGAGAUGACCAAGUUGGGCAGCAAGACGGCCCUCAAUAGACGGGACACUUACCGCAGGAGGCAGAUGCAGCGGACCGUCACCCGGCAGAUGUCUUUUGAUCUUACGAAGCUGCUGGUUACUGAGGACUGGUUCAGUGACAUCAGUCCUCAGACCAUGAGAAGGUUACUUAAUAUUGUUUCUGUAACAGGGCGAUUACUGAGAGCCAAUCAGAUUAGUUUCAACUGGGAUAGGCUUGCUAGCUGGAUCAACCUUACCGAGCAGUGGCCCUACCGGACUUCUUGGCUCAUACUGUAUUUGGAAGAGACUGAAGGUAUUCCAGAUCAAAUGACGUUAAAAACCAUCUACGAAAGAAUAUCAAAGAAUAUUCCAACAACUAAAGAUGUUGAGCCACUGCUUGAAAUUGAUGGAGAUAUAAGAAAUUUUGAGGUAUUUUUAUCUUCAAGAACCCCAGUUCUUGUGGCUCGAGAUGUUAAAAUCUUCUUGCCAUGCACUGUAAACCUAGACCCCAAACUACGGGAAAUUAUUGCAGAUGUUCGUGCUGCGAGAGAGCAGAUGAGCAUAGGAGGAGGACUUGCCUACCCCCCACUCCCACUGCACGAGGCUCCUCCCAGGGCACCAUCCGGGUACAGCCAGCCCACAUCUGUGUGUUCGUCCUCCGCGUCCUUCAACGGGCCCUUCCCAGCUGGAGUGAUGUCGCCACAGCCUCACAGCAGCUAUUACAGUGGCAUGACGGGCCCUCAGCAUCCCUUCUACAACAGGCCAUUCUUUGCCCCAUACCUUUAUACGCCAAGGUAUUGCCCUGGCGGUUCCCACCAUCUCAUCUCACGUCCAUCAGUAAAAACGAAUUUGCCCAGAGAUCAGAGCAAUGGCCUAGAAGUUAUCAAGGAGGAUGCUGCCGAGGGCCUUCCUUCACCCACAGACCCCUCCAGGGGAUCAGGCCCAGCCCCAGGACCAGUGAUAGCCCUGAACUCGCUCAGUGUGGACACAGUGUGUGAGAAGCUGAAACAAAUAGAAGGGCUGGACCAGAGCAUGCUGCCUCAGUACUGUGCCACAAUCAAAAAGGCAAACAUAAAUGGCCGUGUGUUGGCUCAGUGUAACAUCGAUGAACUGAAGAAAGAGAUGAAUAUGAAUUUUGGAGACUGGCACCUUUUCAGAACCACAAUACUAGAAAUGAGAAACGCAGAGAACCAGGUGGUUCCUGAAGAUCCACGUUUCCUCAGUGAGAGCAGCAGCGGCCCCGCCCCUCACAUUGACCCUGCCUGCCGCUCUGCACACGCUGAGCUGCCGCACACUGAGCUCUCCAGCCAGACACCCUACACGCUGAACUUCAGCUUUGAAGAGUUGAAUACGCUUGGCCUAGAUGAAGGUGCCCCCCGUCACAGUAACCUAAGUUGGCAGUCACAAACUCGCAGAACCCCAAGUCUUUCGAGUCUCAAUUCCCAGGAUUCCAGUAUUGAAAUUUCAAAGCUUACUGAUAAGGUGCAGGCUGAGUAUAGAGACGCAUAUAGAGAAUAUAUUGCUCAGAUGUCCCAGUUAGAAGGGGGUGCAGGGUCCACGGCCGUCAGCGGCAGAUCUUCUCCACACAGCACAUACUAUAUGGGUCAGAGUUCAUCAGGGGGCUCUAUUCAUUCUAACCUAGAGCAAGAGAGAGGCAAGGAGAGUGAAGCAAAGCAAGACGAUGGAAGGAAGCCCUUUCUGAUGAAGAGGGGAGAUGUUGCAGAUUACUCGUCCUCAGGGGUUUCCACGAAUGACGCCUCGCCCUUGGACCCCAUCACCGAGGAGGAUGAGCGGUCCGAUCAGUCAGCCAGUAAGCUGCUCCCCAGCAAAAAGCCCUCUGAAAGGUCGAGCCUCUUCCAGACGGACUUGAAGCUGAAGGGAGGCGGAAUGCGCUACCAAAAACUCCCGAGCGAUGAGGAUGAGUCUGGUACAGAAGAGUCAGAUAACACUCCGCUGCUCAAAGAUGAUAAAGACAAAAAAGCUGAUGGGAAAGCAGAGAGAGUGUCCAAGUCUCCAGAACAUAGCACUGAGCCAAUUAGAACCUUCAUUAAAGCAAAAGAGUAUUUAUCGGAUGCCCUCCUUGACAAGAAGGAUUCCUCAGAUUCCGGAGUGAGAUCCAGCGAAAGUUCUCCCAAUCACUCCCUUCACAGCGAAGCCGCGGGGGAGUCCCAGCUCGAAAAGGCAAAUCUCAUAGAGCUGGAAGACAACGGCCGCAGUGGCAAGCGGGGCCUCCCACACAGCCUGAGUGGCCUGCAGGAUCCAGUCAUGGCUCGGAUGUCCAUUUGUUCAGAAGACAAGAAGAGCCCUUCCGAGUGCAGCUUGAUCGCCAGCAGCCCUGAAGAGAACUGGCCCGCAUGCCAGCAGGCCAGCAAUCUGAACCGGACACCCAGCACCAUGACCUUGAACAACAACAGCGCGCCAGCUAAUAGAGCCAACCAGAAUUUCGAUGUGAUGGAGGGAACCAGGGAGACCUCACAAGUCAUUUUGAGGCCCAGUUCCAGUCCCAACCCAACUGCAGUUCAGAAUGAAAAUCUGAAGAGCGUGGCGCACAAGCGCAGCCAGCGUGCCAGUUACACCAGGCUCCCCAGAGAUUCUUCAGAGCUCCGUGCAGCAGCCCCUCCUGAGAGCACCGGCUUUGGAGAAGAGAGAGAAAGUAUUCUUUAAGUGAAACAAACAGCGGUAGACUAGGAUCACUAUACCCUAAGGACCAGGAGGCCCUGGAGUUUGAAUCUAUCUAAGCACAUCACCUUUAUCUAUUUCAUUUACAAAUAAUUAAUGGAUGAUAAGGAUGAUAAGACCUUUGGUAAAAGAGACACACACUGUACAACAGAGGAAAGCCUAAGAAAUGGUGGUAUUCCAGUCGUCCUCUCUUGUCACUGCAAUUAGAAGCUGAAACGCUCUCUGACACUACACUUUUCACUUUUCAGGAUGAGACGAGAACUAAAGAUAGGUCAGAAGUAUUCUAUUACAUGUAAAGGGCUUAAUUUGGCAAAGAAAAUAAAAAUUUAGGGACUCUCUUUGUAGAACAUUUAGUCAUUGAACUUUUGAGGGAAGGUAUGGAAUUAGAUGAAGGAAAAACUAAUUUUGCUCUUAGAGUUUAAUCUAGAUAAGAUUUUACAGGUUAUGGAGUAGCCCGGAAGUAGAUGCUCAUUAAAUUGAGAACCAGUGUUCUGAGUAGUAGACAAAUUGCCUAUCAUAGAGGUUUUAAAUUUUAAGUAGUAAAUAUAUAACAAAGAGUGUUUUAAAGAUUGAAAAGAACGUUGACAGUACCCCAACGUGGUGCAAUGGGGCCAUUAUGGGCUAUUGGAAAAGUAGGUGGGGGAGGGCCCGUGACCUCCUUAUUACCUGGAUACUCUACUCUUCAGAUCCCAGACCUGGCUUCAGCACUGGCCAUCUGUGCCCAGGAAGCCACCCUGGUGUGUUCUGCUCUUUUAAAUUGGGUGCCCAACUUUUUCUUAGUGAGCUGAGCAAUGAGUAGGGAAAACACAUUAACUGGAAUCAGGAGGCAUCAGUACUAAUAGGCACUCAUGGCUGUUUAUGGAAUGAGUGAGUGAGGAAAUAGAUCAGAAAGGUCAGUGACAACUAACAAGUGACAAGGACAUUUUAACCAGGUAAAACUAAAUCAUUGCCUUCCGUCACCAGGGCAGUUUACCUACUUCAUCUGUUCCUAAACCAGCAUUUUAAUUCUAAGGGAGGAUCAUAAGAAAGGAAAAACAUUUUUUAAAAAGUUUUAAAACAUACAACAAAGCAGGGGUUUAUAACAAAACCUAUAAAACUGAUGUGACUAUAAAACUGUACUUUCCAUUAAUUGUUAGCAGAGGUGAGAUGAUCAUGUUUAUGUAUUGUGAGAGAUAGAAAUGUACUCUGUCAUCGUGUAUUGAAUUUUUUCUUGUCAUUUUAACAUAGCUUGUUUAUGUAGAAUUAAUCCUGGCAGAAUAUCCCUAUAAUCACAGAUAGGAUCAUAGAAGAUGAGGUCACAGAGAUUGUCUAGAGUCAGUGUUACACUUGCCAUGUUUAUCACUUAAUGGAUUUUUAUUAACGUGCUGAUAAAUUAUUUACUUGACCAGUCAUUGUGCUAAAUAGUUGCUCUUUUGUCUAUCAUUGCCUUGAUGUUUGAGUGUAAUAGCAUUUUAAUGAAGUGUUUGUUUUGCAUGAUCUUUAACAAAUGUUUUAAGCAAUUAAAAGAAGACAGGAUGUUAUUUACAUGAUAUAUUGAAGUCUUAACAUUUUAAUAUUUAUGGUGUUUAUUAGUUUGUAGUAUUGUAUGACUAGUAAUGAUUUCAGAGGCAAUAUUUUGUUUCUUUUCAGGUGAGUAGUUGCAGCUUACUAUCACUGGAGUACAUUCUUGGCACUGUGUGUGAAAUUCAGACUAGAGUAUUGCGUGUACAAAUAGAUUUAGAAAACAAUAAAAAAAUUGCAUGCUA